AUGAUCAGUUCAUUCUUCAGUUCUUUGGACUCGCUGGGACUUGCCGCGCCUUCUUCGGACGCCGCGUUCCCGACGGUUCCACCCGGUUGGGGUCCGUCCUUCUUCGAUUGCAGCGACUGUUCGGACUCGGAUUUCUGUUCGACAGGACGUUUGGCCACCCAUGGACUUGGUCAGCACUCUUGGACUUUCGCCCCAAGAAAGAACCAUGCGGAUGCCAGUCUACAAGCUUGCCAAAAGGGACGAGAUCAUAGGUCUUCCUUCCCCUUUGGACAGUCCAUCGAUCGGUGCAGUCCGCUGGGUCCGCUGCGAUUUCUCGUGGUCGCCUUCGAUCGUGGCCCAAGCGCCAAGCGCAUUGCGAAAAGCGCCAAGUUUUCAACAGGUGAGCACCGCAAGAAUGGCCGACACCGGUGUCGCGGCCGCCAAGCCGACCAGCUUCUGGGACGGCUUCGCCUGUUGCGCGAGCAGGCGCCGCUGUACGCAGAGGGCGUGGUGAACUCCAUGCCCUACGGCAGCGACGUGGGAAAGAUCGAGGACACCGAGCUGGUGGAGCGGCCUGAAACCGAGGCCGCCUGCACGCAGGUACAAGGGCCAGUGGCGUGGCUCCCAGUGCCAUGGCAAAGGUACCUUGACGCGCCCAGAUGGGUCUUCCUAUGA